AUGUGGUACUACCCCUUCUUCCUUGCCAACUUCACUCUUCUAUCACGUUCUCUACUUCUUAUCUAUCUAUUUCUUUCUACACCUACCUACAUAUCGCCUCCCCUAGUCUCCGGUUGCAAGAUAUACAUAUACAUCUCUCUCUUUCUUAGCCGCCAAACUCAGGAAACUUCAAACACAACUGCAAAUUGCUACUACAAGCACCAGCACUCAUUAUGUAUCCAUUCCCACUCUCCUAAUGGCAAUAACUCCAACUCAUCACCCUCAAUUGCACCAGGGUUGGCGCCAGCCCUAGGGCGCCCCUCCGGAAACAUCGGUCCGCGACCCUGCCAGACGCGCAAAAAACCACCCAACCCUACCCGCCAAACGCUCCCAGCCCUAACACACCAGCACAAGCCCUCGCCGUUUCUUUUUGCACGGCCCUCUUUUUGUCGGUCUUCCUCCUCGCACACGGGCUAG